AUGCCUUAUUCUCUGUCUAACGACGGUCGAUAUGCUGCCACAACAGCAGACAAGGAGCUAAGAAUCCAUUCCCUCAAAGGAGACGGGGAUAUUCGGCCAAUCCCCCUGCAAGACUUGAUCGGUCCUGUGAAGUAUUUACAAUGGACUUUUGGAGAGCUUGGAGAGCAGAUUUUACCUGGACAAAGCGACAAUAAUGCCAUCGCACCGCGCGUGUUAUGCGGAGGGGGAAAUAAAAUUUUCGUUUAUGAUGCCGAUGACGAAACAUGGUCAGCGAAAAUAGAUGCUGGGGAGAACACGGGACUGGUCCAUGUGAACUUCUCUCCAUCGGGCAAUGAAAUUAUUGCUAUGCCGGAAUUUAACACACAUUUGACGAUAUUCUCCCUUCUAUCAGGCCAUCAGCGAGUUAUCAAAUGCCCAAAGUUUGCGGGACAUUCAACCUAUGCAUUUCGACCAAGGUCAGGGCACCUUGCGGUAUUGACUAAAGGGAAUACAGGAGAUGUUCUAUCAUUGCAUGAAGUUGGAUCCUAUGAAGUCAUCACGGUUGUGAAUCUUCCUACUACGGACGCAAGAGGCCUGAAAUGGAGCCCUGAUGGUAAUUGGAUUGCUGUAUGGGAUACUGCUAGCCAAGGCACUAUGGUAGUAAUUUACACAGCAGAUGGCCAAAGAUUUAGGAGCUAUGAAGGAUCUAGCACUGGAGAAGAUGAUCACGACUUCGGUGUCAGAACAGUUGAAUGGAGUCCUGAUUCUCAGCUUUUGGCUAUUGGUAGGCAUGACGGCACCGUUGAGUUGAUAAGUGGAACAGCGUUUGUGCUUAUAGCGGUUCUGGGAGAUCCAACCACGGAGCCUAUUGGACGCGACGUUUAUGUUGAACAGGAAUCGGGAGUACCAGAUAUCACAGAUUACAUGCUGGGCCCAGAAUCACCUGUGUUUCCAUACACCUACAACCUAUCACCCGAGGACCGCAUCGUCUCAAACAUAUCAUUCAAUCCUACGAGCAGCUCAGCUGUAACUAUUGAUGAAAGCAUGCCAAACAUAGCUUGGAUGUGGUCUGUUGAGGGCAGCAAGCCGACCUUGACAGGAGCCCUUGUCCACAGCGCCAGCAUCAAGCAGCUGUGUUGGAACAACGAAAUCCCAGAUCUCUUAAUGACUGUAAGCGGAGAGGAUACCACGCUAACAGUUCAUCAAUGGCUCUGUGGCAGAAGUCCUCGCGGGGCUGUGGUUCGCAACCUACGCGGACGAGCCGAAGCAGACUGGAUCAAGACGGACAAAGAGAUGGGUGGUCUCUUCUGGGUUGGAGGGCAGCGAGGGUACGAAAUUGGGUAUCUCACCAGCACAGGCCCAUCAACUCAACUGCAUAAAGUGGCCGCCAUCGAUGACGCUGCGUAUCUUCUGCCUUCCUUGGGCGACGCUGAUUUUCCUCUCCCAAAGACUGAAAAAUAG